AUGAAGAGCUUCAUCUCCCGCCACUCCACGGAGUCGGCUUCUCCCCCACGCUACACCCCCCAACAAGAAGUCGAGCUCGCCCGCCUCGACAGCAACUCCACGGCGCCCCCACCCUACGCCGACGAAGAAAACGCCCCGCCCACCUCGGGCACCUUCCGCCCCACGGUGCACUUCCAAAUCCAAACCACCGGCAAACCCUGGCUCUCCCUGCCGCUCCCGCAAAGACCCGAACCCAUCCCCGUCUUCGCCCUCCAGCCCACCGACACCACCAACCUCACCACCACCCCGCAACUCACCUCCACCCGCCCCGAACGCUCCUCCGGCAGCUGCUACCUCACCCACCACACCAACAACAACACCACCGCCUCCACCACCACCUACCGCUUCGGGCCCAACCGGCCCCCCAUCGUCCGCCUCUUCUCCCCGCACAAUCCCCCACUGCCCGCCACCACCCGCGACCGCCUCCUCUUCUCCAAAGACACCACCACCAACAACAACAACGACGACGAAGAUGCCGCCGCCGCCGGCGCCUGGGACACCUUCACCAUCAAUUCGCUCGGCCUGCUAACCCGCGCCGUGGGCUUCCGCUCGCGACUGGGCACCUUCCAGUGGCGGUACGCGUCGCGGCGGGAGCGGCACGCGGCGGCGGCCAGCGCGGCGCUGGCGGGGUGCGGGGUGCGGGAGGUGGCGAGUCUGCUGGUGCUGGAGCGGGUGGUGCGGGUGGCGUGCGAUGGGACUUCUUCUUCUUCUUCUUCCUCCUCGAGGGCGGGGGGGAAAGAGGAGGAGGUGCGGACGGUGGUGGCGCAGUUUGUGCGGGGGGAGGGCACGCGCACGCCCGGGAGCGGGGCGAGCACGGCGGGGAAUGGGGGGAGGUUGGUGAUGGAUUUGGGGGCGUGGGAGGGGGAGGGGGUGGAUGGGAAGGGGGAGGGGGAGAUGGCCGUGUUGAUGGUGGUGACUACGUGUUUGGUGAUGCUGAAGAGGGAGGUGGAUCGGCGGCGGGCGCAGCAGAUUGCGAUUAUGGCGGGGGCGGCAGGUGGUGGGAGCUGA